CACACACAGUAACUGCCUAUGCCAGAGCCUGCCUGCGCUCUCGGCUCAAGCCCUCUUAAAGCUGUUUUUCUGCUGGAGAUCAGCGAGCGCUAACGACACACAGCUGCCUCUGCUGAAGACAGAAGGACAAGAGGAGAACAGCACAGAGGGGAGGACGAGCACAGGAGGAAACAAAACCACCAGCAGCCUCCUAACUUUAACUGUGUCCCUCCGGCAGUCCGCUGCAGUCAUUCUUCAGCAGGGAGUGCUUUCUGCCGUAGUUCAGGACUUUUUUUGUGAGAGGGGGGUGGAAAAGAAGAGGGGUUGGAGUUCACAUGACAUAAUCGGAGUGAAUGGGUUGCCAUGGUGAUUCACCCAGGGAGCCUGACCCGUGCAGAGUGAAUGGAGGGAGCGCCUUGGACGCCAAGUGAACGAUAAACUAACGGAGGAGAGUCACCAGAGAGAGAGAGAGAGAGAGAGAGAGAGAGAGAGAGAGAGAGAGAGAGAGAGAGACCGAAGGAGUGGUGGAUAUCAGAGGGAGCCCAGAGGAGCGGAGCAGAGGUUGAGAAUGGAGGACGGGUUUUCCAGCUACAGCAGCUUGUAUGACACCUCAUCACUGCUACAGUUCUGCAACGAUGACAGUGCGUCAGCAGCCAGCAGUAUGGAGGUCACCGACCGCAUCGCCUCCUUGGAGCAGAGGGUCCAGAUGCAGGAGGACGAGAUUCAGCUGCUUAAAUCUGCUUUGGCCGACGUUGUGCGCCGGCUCAACGUGUCCGAGGAGCAGCAGGCGAUGGGCUCACGCAGAGGACCCACCAAAGACCCCACUUUGAUGAGAAAGUCUCCAUCAGCGAACAGCAAUGUUGGGAAGCAAGCCAGGCCAAUGAUUGCCACCCUGCCAUUACGGCCCACAGUAAACAACGGGACCAUCCUACCAAAGAAAGGCAGCGGCACUUUGCCCUCCCCAUCUGCAUCUGGAUCCAGGAAGGACACCAGCACAACAGCCAGCAAGAGUUUGUCCUCUCUGUCUCGCUCUACCAGAAUUCUCUACCUGCCCCUCAGCACUGUGAGGAGAGCCAACUCUAACGAACAUGUGGGAACGCUUUCGCGGAAAGAUUCGGGCGACUCCAAGGGAAACCGAACUCGCGCCGGAUCCACCGGCAGCAAUUCCAGCGGCAAAAAAAGUGACAGCAAACAGAGGGAUCCAGUGUUCAAUGCAGGGAUGCGACGUGUGACCCACUGCAAAGAGGAAGGUUAUGUGAAAAUGUUCUUGAAGGGUCGUCCCAUCACCAUGUACAUGCCCAAAGACCAGGUGGACAGCUACUGCCUGGAGGCCCGAGCCGACCUGCCCAGCAACAAGCUCAAACUGGACUGGGUUUAUGGUUACCGCGGUCGAGACUGUCGCUCCAACCUUUACCUGUUGCCCACUGGAGAAACGGUGUACUUCAUCGCCUCAGUGGUCGUCCUGUUCAACGUGGACGAGCAGCUGCAGAGACACUACACCGGACACACGGAUGACAUCAAAUGCCUGGCCGUCCACCCCGAUAAAAUCACCAUAGCAACUGGGCAGGUGGCGGGAACCUCUUCGGAUGGAAAACAGCUGGCUCCUCAUGUCCGUGUGUGGGACUCUGUCAGCCUCAACACACUCCAUGUUCUGGGCGCAGGCUUCUUUGACCGAGCCUUGGUCUGCCUGGCUUUUUCCAAGUCGAAUGGAGGAAAUACAUUGUGUGUCGUGGACGACUCCAAUGACCACGUCCUCUCCGUCUGGGACUGGCAGAGAGAGGACCGGUUGGCUGAAGUCAAGUGCUCCAACGAGUCGGUGUUUGCUGCAGACUUUCACCCGACAGACAGCAACAUCGUAGUGACCUGCGGCAAGUCCCAUCUCUAUUUCUGGAACCUGGAGAAGGGCACGCUGAUCAAGAAGCAAGGACUGUUUGAGAAACAGGAGAAGCCCAAAUUUGUGUUGUGUGUGACCUUUGCAGAAAAUGGAGACGCCAUCACAGGAGACUCAAGUGGGAACAUCCUGGUGUGGGGAAAAGGCACUAAUCGUAUCAGCCAAGUCAUCCAAGGAGCUCACGAGGGCAGCAUCUUCACUCUGUGCAUGCUGAGGAACGGCACGCUGGUGUCUGGAGGUAAAGACCGCAGGCUCAUCUCCUGGGACAGCAGCUACCAGCAAAUACAAACUGUGGAGGUGCCGGAGUUGUUUGGUCCCAUCCGGACCAUAGCGGAGGGCAGGGGGGAGACUGUGCUCAUCGGGACCACCAAGCACUUUGUUUUGCAAGGAAGUUUGGAUGGAGAAUUCAUACCCAUUACGCAGGGUCACACUGACGAGUUGUGGGGUCUGGCUGUUCACCCCACGAAGCCUCAGUUCCUUACCUGUGGCUAUGACCGGCAGGUCUGCCUGUGGGACUCAAGUUCCCAUCAGCUCAUCUGGACCAAGAGUAUGGAAGACGCUGCCCAAUCAGCAGGCUUCCACCCGUCUGGAGCUGUGGUUGCCAUAGGAACCCAGACUGGCAGGUGGCUGGUCCUGGACACGGACUCGAAGGACCUCGUCACGGUGCACACAGAUGGGAAUGAACAGCUGUCUGUUGUGUGCUACGGGCCAGAUGGUAACUUCAUGGCCGUCGGUUCCCACGACAAUUACAUCUAUAUCUACGCUGUGGCGGAAAAUGGGAGGAAGUACAGCCGAGUGGGAAAGUGCUCGGGUCACUCUAGUUUCAUCACCCAUCUGGACUGGUCCGUGGACUCUCAGUACCUGGUGUCCAAUUCAGGGGACUAUGAGAUACUGUACUGGAUCCCAUCAGUGUGUAAACAGGUGGUCAGUGUGGAGACCACCAGAGACAUCGAGUGGGCCACCCACACCUGCACUCUGGGCUUCAAGGUGUUCGGCUUGUGGCCCGACGGCUCAGAUGGCACCGACAUCAACGCUGUCUGCAGGUCCAGUGAUAAGAGCCUCCUGGUUACCGGAGACGACUUUGGGAAGGUCCACCUAUUCUCAUACCCCUGUUCGCAGUUCAGGGCUCCCAGCCAUGUUUACGGCGGACACAGCAGUCAUGUGACCAACGUGAACUUCCUGUAUGACAACGGCUACCUGGUGUCCACUGGAGGGAAAGACAUGAGCGUGAUGCAGUGGAGGAUAGUCUGAGGGAGCCGACAGAAACAGACACUGUUGGUUUCUUACAGCUGCUGAGGCCUUAAACUCAGCUUAUGCGAACUGAACUGCACUAAACUGAACCAAACCAAACUUAACUUAACUCAGAUGCUAAAACAAAAAGGUGGAUCUGCCUGAACUGAAGUGAAUUGACAGAAGAGGAACCCGAGGUUUCCUUCCUGAUCUGCUCUCAGAUCCCAAAUAAGAUGAAUGUUGGAGGUGUUAUGUGCGGUUUCUUGAAAUACAAAAAUCUUUCACCUUUUUCUCUAUUCACACUACAUGUAAAAGUAAAUCUCUCACGCACUGUAACCUACUCACCAAUGACAAAACAAAUCAAAAUUGAUCAAAUCCAACUAAACAGAACCAAAGGCUCUGACUUCCUGUCUGCAUCUGUGUAGUUUGACUUUCACUGUUCUUGUGUUGUUGUGCACUCCGGACUGAAGAAGUUCCAGACUGAAAAUCAUGGCGCUGGAGAUCCAAGAGCAAAAACUGUGUGAGGAAAGAAAGAACAUACUGAUUUUCUAAAUGUUAAACUUUCUUUUCUUUUUGUAUUUAACAACUCAGGAAAGCUCUAGUCCUUGUUAUUAACAUUGAUAUAUCAGAAUGAGCCCUAAACACAUCUCACAUGCAGAGAGGUAUUAAGUAUGAUUGAUAUCAUUAUUGAUUUAUUACCAUUAAUUGUGAAUGAAAACUACUUAUCCAGUCUAGGCAAAUGCUCAAUUUGGAGGAUAUGAUAAUUAAAUACGGCAAGGUCCAGUCAGGUUUGAUGUUACCCGACAUUUGAAAAUAUGAUCCUAAAUAAAUGACAGUAUUUGCUAUUACAUUUGACCACAUUUUAUUACAACGUUAUCUGAACAUGUUCUACGUUUUUGUGCUUCCAGGUCUUAAAAAAAGGCACCUUUCCUAUUAUUUAUUGAAGAAAAAUCCUUCACUGCCAAUUUCAGAUCCUUUGAGUUUUUCCCUGUUUAAUCCCAUAUAUGUAAAUAUACUGAGAGGCUUGAAACAGAUACGAGCUAAAUGUGGGUGAACAUACAGUAUUUGAAGGUUUUUCUGAUUGUUUGGAAUGGGUUGGUGUUUUCUUUGCCUCCAGGUGCAAGGGAAAUGAAAAGCAAACAUGUAUGUUUUUUUUUCUAAUGAUGUGAAGCCUUUUCAAAUCUGUAUCUAUCUGCAUUUUACUGCAAUGAGAUCAGUUUAGGAAGGGGAAGUAUGAGACCAUGACACUGUAACUGUUGAAAACGUCUGAUGUGCACCAUCAGCCACUGGCAAGAUAUUUAACGGAACCAAACCUUCUUGAGGUUUUUUUUUCUACAAUGCACUGCUUGAGCCUGAUAAACAUAGAGCAGGUCUAUUUACCUGCACAAUAGAACGAGCAAAACGCCAUUUAAUAUGUUACCGCAGUUUUUAUGAACCACUGAUGUCUGCUUUCAAUCUUCCAAGCUGCGUUCUGCGUUCGCACUCCUCAUCUUAUGGUUAACAAUAUUACACACGUGCAUGAAUCAACAAGAUUUAUUUGAAAGGGCAGAUUUUAGUAACUGCCACUGAUAUGAGGAAUAUUGGUGUUGUUUUGAAAGCCUCACGGUCGGCAGUCUUAUCAGGUAAACCACUUGAAUCUAACAGCAGUGAUAUAAAGUCGCCACUCUACAGAGUGAAUGUAACAUGAUUUGUCUUACCACUAAACACCUGGGGCUGCAGAAUACUAUUGAACAUUUAACAUUUGUCUGAAAGUAAAUACAACAUGAAAUUCCCAUGA